UCUAUCAAAAUGUCACACUACAUGAGCUAUUUUUCGCUGCUGCUCUUUGCAGUCCUGCUGGCGCUGGGAUCUGCGCAAUACUACACACAAUACAACCCCUACUACACGCCGAGUCCCACAUUCUCCAGCUUGAACAACUAUUACUACCAGACGACGCCGUAUCCGUACUAUUACAGCACGUAUACGACACCGAGUCCCUAUUCCAAUACGCAGAUCAGGAUCUGGCCCUAUGUCAUCGGCCAGUAUCUGUAUCCCACGUACUACAACACCAACUACUACAAUCCAUAUGCCACGCUGAGCAAUUCCAAUUGGCAGAGCUACUAUGCGAAUGUCUAUGGAACGAGAAUGGGCAAGAAGUAG